AUGUACAGAUUCAACAGAAAAGCAAAGCAAGACGUGCCAAAGAAACCAAGCUCAAAUGACGGUGGUGGGAGUAAGAACUCAAAAACGUCUUCUGGAUCUUCAGCUCCAUCAUCUUCUCAUCAGAGAAGAAGACAACCGAAAAGUGAAUCAGAUUCCAAAAGUGAACGGUCACUGAAAGAUCCGCCUCCUAAACGAAUGCAACCAUCUCCGGUACCGACUCCAACUAAAUCAAGUACUCCUAACAAUCGGGAAAGCAGAAAUCCGAUUCAAAAAAUUGUAAAAGGAGUUGCCAAUCGGAUGUCUCUAACACCCAACAGCAGACAACAGCAGAAGUCCAUGUCGACACCUCCAACGUCGGAAGUUCGGAAGCCGAGUUCCGUGAGAUCUUCUGAUGUCAGAAGCGACCACCUAGACAGUGGACUGGCGAAGAAGUCAAAGUCAAGAGGAUCCCUUUCAAAUUCUUUGAGUGGAAGCAACGAUUCCGUGUACUCGGAUCUUCCGCAAUCCAAAAGUUUCUUGCCGGCGAAGACAAUAAAAAGUGAUAGAUCAUUGAUUGGAUUGGAUGGAGAGAGUGAGCCGGAGUAUCCGAGAAAAAAAGAAUCAGGAAGGAGAAAAUCCACUUCUGAAUCACCGAGUUCCAGAAGAGACAAUCUGAUGGAGGAAAGUGCAUCGGAGACGAAGGAUUCCAUUUCACUGGCUGACGAUGAAGAGAUCCGUGAAGCAUAUCGAAAGUUGUUCAAGGACUUUGCGAUGGCCUCCCAGAAAAUGACACUUGACGACUUCAAAUAUGAAUUUAAUGAGCUGCCUGGAGAUCCAUCAUCGGAUCAAUGUAUGGCUUUCAACAAUGGAGCAAAUGCCAGAAAGAACAGAUACUUCAAUAUCCCAUGUCUUGACAGUUCUCGAGUUCGUCUCACAUUCAUGGCCCAGAAAAACAAUCCAUCAUCUGACUACAUUCACGCGAAUCAUAUCAAAAGUCCCUUCUUGAAACGUGGAUAUAUUCUGACUCAAGGACCAAAAAAGGAAACGAUUGCUGAUUUUUGGAGGAUGGUUUGGCAGGAGAGAUCAAAUGCAAUUGUGAUGUUAUGUCAGUUUGUGGAAACAAAUCGAGAGAAAUGUUGUGAAUAUUUCCCUCGAAACGCAAAUUCCACACUUCGUUUCGACAAAUUAACAGUGACUUUCGAGGAAGCAACCAAUAAUAAAAUGAUUGUUUCAACUCGUUUAAAUCUAUCAUUUGAGGGUGAAUCUCGAGUCAUUACUCAUUUACAAUGGAAAGAAUGGCCUGAUUAUCAAGUGCCUGGAUCAUCGGAAGUCAUGUUGAAGAUUCUCAGAAAAAUUCGAGCAAGAACUACUCCACCGAUUAUUCAUUGUGCUGCUGGUGUCGGAAGAUCUGGUACUUUGGUGGCGGUUGAAAUUGCGUUACAAUCAAUCAAUACUCAUUUCAAGCUACCUGAUAUCAAGCAGAUAGUGACAAAUCUCCGUUUGACGGGUCGUGCAACAUCUGUCCAAACUCUUCAACAGUACAUGCUCAUCUGGAAAGUUCUUCUGGAUUUUGGAGUUUCGAACAAAUUGAUUUCGGAGGAUUCGGUCACCAAAUUCGCAUCCACUUAUCAUCGCUCUCUUCGCACUACAAAUCAAUCCUAA